AUGUCCAAACGCCAGUUCAACGACGAUAUAUGGUACAAUGUCGUGAGGUUUCUCUCACCCGAAGACCUCCGGCAAGCCAAUAGUUGCCAUCAUGUCCUUUUCGAGGAAUGGAUGCGAUAUCGCUAUACGUCCGUCAAAUUUCUAGAUAGGGAUGGAUCCAUCAGGCUUUUAGAACAUCUAUGCGAUACCGAUUCAACUGCUGCAGCGUACAUUCGGAAAGUCGAGAUUCGUCCUUGGCUAGUUCAGCCUCUCGCGCAUAGUAUAGACUCCAGCGUCAAGUUUCCUAAUUUGCUACAGUCAUCACGCUCAAGCAAAGCUGCAAAGGAGCGCAUCCAGAAACAGGUGAACGAAGAUGUAUUUUGGGUAAAUGCAGCGUUUAGGAAAAUGCCGAAUGUGGUGGAGUAUUCCAUCGACUGGGACGGGUCCUUUCGGUAUCACCGAGAGCUAUAUCAGGCUUGUCUAACUGCAGGGUUGGAUGGGUGGUCCGACAAUUUGAUCAAACUGACAGUCAAGGUCCCGCCGGCGAUGUUAAACUCAUUCGUUGGAAUCGAACUUCCGAAAUUGCAAUCUUUCAAUUGGCAUCUUUACACAGGUUCCCUCUCGCCCAAGGAAAUUAACAUGGCAACGGAUGGGUUCAUGGUGUUCCUCAACAACCUCAAAGACUCUUUACGGUCUCUGUGUAUUGUAUCUACCCACUCUUCCCAUGACUUGGAUCUGAGUCGCAUCUUUCGCAAGAUGGGGAGGUUUCCAUUGCUUUCCAAGAUCGCUCUCACCCUUCCUGCUGAUGGACAACAUCUUUCGGAGCCUGCUACAUUUGUCCGAUUUCUAGAAAAACAUCGUUCGAGUUUGGAGGAAAUUAGUUUGCGGUCUGGCUCUGCCCCAUCUUGCAAUCAACUCGCUAACUCAGGGAAGGUCCUCGACAGGGAAGACAGAAAUAGAAGCUUAAACCUCUUGUCUAUGCAGUCGUCCCUCCCCCAUUUACGGGUUUUUAGUCGUUUUAUGGAUCGACAGUGCUCAAAGCUCAAGGAAAUGAGCUUUCUCUCUGCCCGAGCGGUUCUCGUUAAUAAGGCUGGCGGCGGUCAAAUCACUGAUUGGAUUCUACAACUUGCGGAAGAUAUUAACAUCCCCUUUCCUCAACUUCGCAGUCUUAGCGUUUCCAUGUUCCUCUCAGGCGCUUGCUCUGACCCACGUGUUAGACUCGUACAUUUACACUGCCCUACUCUGGACUCGCUAUCAUUGGUAGACUUUGCACUCUCGCAUGAUGAUAUUUUAUCGAUUUUACGGCCAUCACCGAUCAGGGCAGAGACCCUACUUCAGAUAUCCACACUUUCUCUGAGGAUCCAUCGAUUUUCAUCUCAGCUCCUUAUUGAUCUGGCAUUGUUGUUGCCCGAGUUGAAGACCGCGCGAAUAGAGUGCAACACUGUGGUGAGUGUUUUACUGCGUAUUCUUCAGGGAACCUCUACUAAAUGCUACGUUGAUUCAUUAGUCGGAUAUUGA